AUGUCGUUUAAUCAUGGCAAAGCAACAUUGCCAAUCGAUUCAAAUAAUGAUAUAGAACAUUUCUUUUCGAAAUCUGAUCACUCAUCGUAUUUAAUAACCAAAUUUUCAUCUUAUCUUCGACAAGGAUUUCUUUGUGAUGUUGUUUUUAUUUGUAACAAUGAACAAAUAAAACAACGAAUCAGUGCUCAUCGGCUUAUUGUUUCAAUAUUAUCAGAUGACGUUCGUAAUUUAUUGGAAAAUCGUAUGCAAACUGAAAUUAUUCUUCAUGAUACGGAUGCUGAUGCUUUUGAAAAAAUUAUUCUGUAUGCAUACGAAGGUCAUCUUGAAAUCAAUUCAAAUAAUGUAGCUAAGAUUUUGAAUAUUGCAUAUAAAUUUCAUAUUACUGAAAUAAUUGAAGCGUGUUGUAAUUUUAUUAAAAAACGAGUUCAACCGUCCAAUUGCUUUGGUGUAUAUAGAUUGGUCUUGGAACGCAAUUUCGUGGAUUUAAUACAAAUUAUUUGGCAUUAUAUUCUUGGUAAUUUUUCGAUCAUUAUUGAAAACAAUCGAGAAUUUCUUGAACUAUCUUCCGAUGAAAUGAAACGAAUAUUAGCAUCUGAUGAUGUCAAUGUUGAAUCUGAAGAAAAGAUCUAUGAAGCACUUCUUUCUUGGCUUGACUACGAUUCAAAUCGAUAUAGUGAUCAUUUAGUUGAACUAUUUAGCCUAAUUAGAUUACCUUUAAUCAAAAGAAAAUAUUUGACAGAUCAUAUUGAUACAAAUGAAAAAUUUGAAAAAAAUACUGCAUGCCAGAUGCUGAUUCUUGAAGCCAUGCGUUAUCAUUUGGCACCAGAAAAACGUUUAGCUAUGAAAUCAAUAAGGACUAAGCCAAGAAAAGCAACACUUGGUGCACUUUAUUGUUUUGGUGGCAUUGAUACUGCUAGAAAUCCACAAACGAUUGAAAAGUAUGAUUUUCUAAAUGAUUGUUGGUACAUCGACAGCCAUUGGAAUAGUCGACGUUCUCAAUUUGCUUGUAUUCGAUUAGAUAGAAAAUUAUAUGUAUGCGGAGGCCAAGAUGGUAUAAAAGUAUUGAAUACUACUGAAAUCUAUGAUUUUCAAGCCAAAAAUUGGACUGUGGGGCCAUCGAUGCUUACUAAUCGUUAUGGUUUAAGUAUCGGAUCGAUUGGUGGUCUUUUGUAUACUAUCGGCGGUCAUGAUGGACGUGUUAUUCUUAAUACAGUCGAGCGUUUUGAUCCGACAACAUCUGAAUGGGCUUACGUAGCAUCAAUGAUCAAUACAAGAUUCACAUUAGGUGUUGCUGUACUUGAAAAUCGAAUCUAUGCUGUUGGAGGUGAAGAUAAUUCCAGAAGUCUCCGAGAAGCGGAAUUUUUCGAACCACAUACUAAUCGUUGGUCACAAUGCGCAUCAAUGAUAAAAUGUCGUGCUAGUGUAGCUGUUAUUUCUUGUAAUGAAUUUUUAUAUGCUAUUGGUGGUUAUGAAUUUUCAACAAUAAAUAAAAAUGUGACUAGAUACAAUGAUGGUGAACGUUAUGAUCCAAGAUGCAAUCAAUGGACAUUAAUUACUUCAUAUAGUCGACCGAAGGGAGGUUUAGGAAUUGCUGUAGUAGAUAAUAAAUUAUAUAUUGCUGGAGGUUUUGAUGGUAAGUCUUCAAAUGAAAUGGAAAAAUAUGAUACAGAGACUAAUCAAUGGGAAAAGUGUUCUCCGUUAGUAGUGAAAAGAGUCGGUGCUUCUCUUAUUCAUCUACCUAAUUCUAUUCAUGAAUCAUUCAAUUUACCAGUGUUAUCUCAAGAAAAUAAAAAUCAUUCAAAUAUUCCUCAUCAAAUGAAUCGUCCUAUUCUUUUCUAA